ACCGCGGGUCCCGUCCUUCGAUCCGCCACUGUGCGACUCGAUCGCCAGCGUGUUAUCUGUGGUGCUGCGCCUGAUCCAUCCAUCGGUGGUGUUCUAGGGCCUUCUACACAGUCCAAAUAACCCCAGGCCAAACUAGGCAGACAUUUUCAAUAAUGGUCGGCCGAGCCCAGCCAAGACACAGCCCGGCCGCCGAGAACGCCGCGCUUGGGAGAGCGAGAGAGAGAGGUACCAUGGGAUUAUGGCUACCUCGCCGCUUGCCAACUUGGACAACCUCCAACCAACACUCAGUUCAAACCACCUAACCUACGGUGCCUUUAGACUUGCUCCGCAGCCUCUUGAACCUGCCUCUUUGCUCCAGCGGGGCUGUUCGGUCCUAGAUCCUCCCUCACUCCCUAUCGAGAAAAAGUCCUAGACCCCGACAGACGGUAACCUGCAGCCCACCGCCUGCACCUGCCGAACCCGACCAACACAAGGCUGCUUUUUAACUGACGAGCUUGCCCGCACUGCCCCCAUGCCCACCACAAAAAAGACGGCAGUCUUACAGGGAGGAGGUUCCAAAGAUUCAGUAGAUUUAUUUUGAUUCUUCGUCUAGCUGGUCGACAUCCAGCCCCGCCAUCGAACAACCUUUCGGCAGCUCAUAGACUUCAAUCAAUGCCUGCAGAGCAGCUGCCCCUCCCUCCAUCCGGCCUCGGCGUGGCUUCUGCGGACCGAGAUCGGCCCAGAACACCGGCCAUGGCCAGGCCAAGUCUCCCCGGAUUGCCCGAGGAGAUCCUCCUCCAUAUUCUAUCAUUCCUUCAACCCACAGACAUAACCCGUCUGCAAGCGGUCUCCCGCAGGUUCUGCUCGCUGUUUCGGGAUAACGUCUUCUGGCGUUCGAUAUGUUUCCGGGAGUCGAGCUUCCUGGAGGCCUUCAAUCGCCGGGCGGCCCUCCUCAGCGCGGGGCGCUCCUCCCCCUUUGAGCUCCAGCCCCGCGCCGGCGGCGAUGCCUCGGGGCUCGCGACGUCGGCGGCGGCGCCUCUGCGACCCCCUGCUCGGGGGCGGGCGCCGUCUGCCGGCCUCGAGCACCGCGCCAGGAUGAUCGAGAGGGCGCGCGUCAUGGCGAACUGGGACCUGACCUACCCGGGCGAGACCGUCUCGUGGUACGACGAGUACAUCCAGCGGCACGGCCACAUCACGGUCAGCUGGUUCCAGCUGCCACGCAUCAAGGACGGCGACCUGGUGUCGGAACCCAUCGAGGCCAGGGGCCUCGCUCUCUUCAGCCCGGACGAUCCAUCGGAAGCAGACCCCCAACUCAGGGGGUCGGAAGGCGCCCUCUUCGCGGUGUCUCCGCUCGACGACGGAUCCGUGUGUUUGUGGGAUGUCAAGGGGAGCAGAGGCCGGCGGGGCGCCAUCUGCGGCAAGAGCCAGGCGGAAAUUCUUUAUGUGGACGGGCCUGGGGGCGAUAACAGCAGGCGCUCCAAGAGGGUGGACUCGGGCGUCACCGAGUGUGUUGCUAUUGACAGCUACCGGAAACGGGCGUUUGUGGCUGUGCAGUGCCACCUGCUGGAAAUCGACCUGGAAAGGCUCGCGGUUGUCGGUUGCGAGUCGUUCCCGUGGUCCAUAACCACCCUGUCCGGCACCAAUCCGGGCCUGCCGCUGACGGUUGGAACCACGUUGGGCAUACACCUUUACGACUACCGGGCAAGAGGCUCUGCGGCCACGGCAGCCCUCAACGGCGGGGCGGAUGGGGGCAUCGACGAGUUUGAUAGGCUGGGGGCGGGCGAUUACUACAGGCGGAGCGUACGAGCGCUGUUCGAUGACGAGCCGCUGCCUCCUUACGCCUCGCUCGCCCAACCAGGGCCCCUGAGCAUACUUCACCUAGGCCAGUCGGGCGCCGCAGCGUCGGUAGGUGAUGACAUCUACGUGGCCGGGCGCUUCUCCAACAUUCUGCACUACGACCGCCGCAGAUUCCCCUCCAUUAGCGGCUCCAUCUUCUCGGGCGCGCGCCUCUGCGCCAUGACGUCUUUGCCAUAUCCCUUCUCGGCCAGCGAUAGUGAGCGGAGGCGCAAGGGGCUACUGUCCCUUGGUCAGCUUAAGAUGACGAGGGCCAACAGCGGCAACACCCUGGUCGCGUGCGGCGAGUACAACACCAAAGGCUCCCUGGAGCUCUACAGCCUUGGAUCCGAGAAGACGCUUCCAGGAGGCGGCGGCGGCAGCGCCAAAUCGGAGGACUGGAUGCUGAAGAACCGGCAGACGUCGUCGCAAUCGAAGCUAUUGUCCGUGGCCAGCCACGGGACCAGACUUGUCGUCUCCAACGGGUCUGGCCUGCUCAAGUGGUUCGAACGUGACGGGUUCACCGAGGUGAGGCGCUGCAGGAUAGGCGACUAUGAGAGCACCCGUGCCAACAACACGGCCGGCGGGGGUCAGCGACAGGGAAUCUCCCUCUUCAGCUCGAUGCCUGGGUCAGACGACCUGGCGAGGAAACUGCUCCCAACGCAUCAAGGGCGUGGAGGUAGCGGUGCGAUCAACGGGAACGACCUCGUCUUCUGGACGGGCGAGAAGCUGGGCCUCGUCGGAUUCUCGGCCAAGGCGGGAUUCACGACGGACGAGUUUGAGGAGGAAGUCCGGUCUGCUGAGGAGCUGGAGAAGCAGAAAGCGGAGAGGGACUACAGCGAGCGGGUCCAAAGGGCGCUGCAAAGGCAAGCCGAAGACGCCAGAUUCGUCCAAGGUCUUGGUCUCGGGGCUAGUGUGUGAGCCAACAAGAAAGCGGUAGCGGUAGAGCGAAAACAACUCGGGAGUGUGAGAAUGUGAAGGAAAAGCAAAGAAAAGGAUAAAAAUGACGGCAGCGGCUGCGCGCCACACGGCGCGUCGCGGUUGGGACGGCUCAACGUCAGAUAGGCAGGUGGUCUGGAUUGAUCAGCGAGAAUCAGAAUCACCGUGCAUACCUCAUCUCCUCCGUGGCUCUCUGUGCAGCUAGAUUAGAGGGCCUGACCUUGUCCUUGCAAGAUAGAUGCAGCCGUUGAGCCGUAUCUGAGAGCCGAGGCGAGAAGACCCGAGGACGUUAUGCAUGCAGAAUAUUAAUAUCAAACAAACGCGGUGGAUGAUCCCACCUUACCCACCAGAUAUUCUGGUUGCA